CUCCCUUCUCCACUGAGAACGCAAACCUUGUGGUAUCCGAACGCGACUCUUUGGAUGAUGCUUCGCUCUUUUUCUCGUCGGCUCCCUCGACGUAUCCCUCUUCGAUCCGUCACUGAAGGCUGUCUGUCGCGCUCCGCUGUGCGCUCCUUCACAUGCGGUUAUCCGCGGAUGUCGGCAUCAUCGCUCUCCCCCGUGGAACCACCCGUCUCAGCAACGUUACCUGCGGACUCAUACCAACUUCUUUCGACAGCAGACAAGACCGGGGUAGCUGAGGAUGCUCUCUACGAACAGCAAAUAAAAGAUGUGGAAGAAUGGUGGCAAUCUCCCCGCUUCGAGGGCAUCAAGCGGCCUUACUCCGCCGCGGAUGUCGUCAGCAAACGCGGUUCCCUACAACAAACAUACCCGAGUUCGUUGAUGGCACGGAAGCUCUUCCAUCUGCUGAAUGAGAAGGCAGCGCAAGGAAAGCCUGUUCACACGAUGGGCGCCAUUGACCCGGUCCAGAUGACGCAGCAGGCACCUCACCAGGAGGUCCUGUACAUCUCGGGAUGGGCUUGCUCGUCACUCCUGACGACGACCAACGAGGUGUCUCCCGACUUCGGCGAUUAUCCAUACAACACGGUGCCCAAUCAAGUCCAGCGAUUGUUUAAGGCGCAACAGCUGCACGAUCGGAAACAGUGGGACACUAGGCGGAAGCUGACCGCUGAACAACGGAAGUCGACUCCAUAUAUUGAUUACCUGCGUCCGAUUGUGGCUGACGGUGAUACGGGACAUGGUGGACUUUCCGCUGUACUGAAGCUGGCCAAGCUUUUCGCGGAGAAUGGCGCUGCCGCAGUGCACUUCGAGGAUCAGCUUCACGGCGGAAAGAAAUGCGGUCACCUAGCUGGCAAGGUCCUUGUGCCCAUUGGGGAGCAUAUUAACAGAUUGGUCGCAGCGCGCUUCCAGUGGGAUCUAAUGGGGACUGAGAACCUGCUUAUCGCACGCACGGAUUCCGAAAGUGGACGGCUCAUCAGCAGCGCUAUCGAUGUGCGCGACCACGAAUUCAUUCUUGGGGUGACGGAGGAGGUUGAGCCACUCGCCGAGACCUUGCAGGCUAUGGAAAGGGAGGGCGCUGCUCCUUCGGAGAUCGAUGCCUAUGAAUCCGACUGGGUCAAGAAACACAAGCUGGUCACCUUUGAUGAAGCCGUCGACGCGCAUCUCGAAGCAGAAAAGGCUCCUCAGUCUGCCCGGGACGCAUACAAGAAGCGUGUUCAAGAGAGCCCCGAUCUAUCUAUCUCCCGCCGCAGAGUCCUAGCCAGCGAUUACACAAAGAAACCUGUUGUCUGGUCUUGUGAUAGCCCCCGAACCAGGGAAGGAUAUUAUCACUACCGUGCUGGGUUCCCCGCCGCUACAAAGCGAGCACGGGAGUUCGCACCGUAUGCGGAUCUUCUCUGGGUCGAGACCGGUGAUCCAGACGUUGCGAAAGCAGGGUCGCUGGCAGGAGAGGUGCGCAAGGCGUUCCCCGGCAAGAAGCUGGUAUACAACCUGAGUCCGUCCUUCAACUGGAUGGGACAUGGCUUCAACGAGGCAUCGCUCAAAUCGUUUAUCUGGGAUCUGGCGCAACAUGGGUUCGUACUUCAACUCAUCUCGCUUGCCGGACUACACAGCAACGCAACGAUCACGACAGAACUCUCCCGGGCUUUCAAGGAAGAUGGUAUGCUCGCUUACGUGCGCAUGGUUCAAGCUCGGGAGAAGGAGCUGGGUGUGGAUGUGCUUACACACCAGAAAUGGAGUGGUGCACCCUAUCUGGACGGCAUCCUUGGGGCAAUCCAAAGUGGCAGUAGUAGCAGCAAGAGUAUGGGCGAGGGCAACACAGAGAAGGGCUUCUGAAGGAAUUGUGAAUGGCUUUGUAACCUAAUGAUAAAUGAGACGCAACAACAAUUCUUAGUG